AUGGUUCUGGCUUCGGUUAGGAAGGGGAGCUGGUACAGAGAUGGUUUAAGAGCAGCUUUGCAGGGGAUUUGGGAGAAUGGUCUUUUUUCUCUUCUUCUCCAUGGUCCUUUGGAUGGAAGAUGGAGCAGAAUCAUUCAAAAAAAUAUUCCACAUGUGAAAAAGAGGAAAGCUUAUCUCUUCAAUAAGGUCGUGAAUGUUUCUCUUGGUGAAAAAGAGGAUAGAAUGAUGAUGACUGGGUUACAUACUGUGGCUGACAUUUUCUGUGUGGGUUGCGGAUCGAUGGUCAGUUGGAAAUAUGAGACUGCCCAUGAUAAAGGCCAGAAGUACAAGGAAGGAAAAUCUGUGCUUGAACGGUACAAAAUGCCAGGUCCUGACGGAAGCAAUUAUUGGAUCAGCCAUGAAGCAAAUAUUGGUGGAAGUGAUGCAGAUGAUGCUUAAUCAUUCUGCCAUUCUCAAUUGUACAUUCCUUUACCCUUGGUUUUUCAAUCAAUGUUAAUUUAUCCCAACAAUUUCACAGAAUCAGCAUGUUGCCAUCUAAUUGGUAAUUUUCUUAUAAAUAAAAGCUGAUAUUCAAACAAAAAA